AAGGAAGAUCGAGAGAUGUUUUUAAAUUUUGCAAAAUUUAUUCGGUUUAGUAAAUAUGGACGUGCUUAUUCCUAUGAUGCACGGCCAAUUGAAAUGGCAUGUAAUAUAUUUGAAAACAAAAAUACGGAUAACACGAAACCUCCAUUAAUGAUAAUGCAUGGACUUUUUGGCUCAAAACAGAACUGGAGGGCAGUUAGUCGUUCUUUAGAAUCAAAAACAAACCGAAAGAUAAUUACUUUAGACGCAAGGAAUCAUGGACAGUCGCCACAUACGGAUGAGCACAGUUCUAUGCACAUGGCUGUAGAUGUUAUUGAACUUAUGAAACAAAUGGGCAUUCCAAAAGCAUCAGUAAUGGGACACAGCAUGGGAGGAAGAACAAUGAUGUUUUUAGCUUUAAAAUACCCAGAAUAUGUUAGUGACGGAAUAAUUGUCGACAUUUCACCUAUUUCUGUGCCCCGAGACUUUUUUCAAAUGGAACAGAUUUUUCUAGCUAUGAAAGAUAUUCAAAUACCUGCCGAAUUAUCAAUGGGCGAUGGACGUAAAUUUGCAGAAGUUGAGAUAAAAAAGGUUGUUUCUCAAAAAGAAACAGUGGAUUUUAUAUUAUUGAAUCUGCGAAAAAUAGAUGGGAAAUUUUCAUGGGCAGUUAAUGUAAAUGCAUUACAUAACAAUUUAAGUCAGUUUACCAACUUCAUGGAUCAAAUUUCUGGACUAGGGCCUUACAAAGGCAAAAUGAUGUUUGUUUGUGGAAACAAAUCAAACUUUGUUGAUCCCAAAAGUUGGCCUCAAAUACAAAAAAUAUUUCCUAACUCUGAGAUACAUUGGCUAGAUGCUGGACAUUUAGUACAUUUCGAUCAACCAUCAAAAUUUAUCGAAUUAUUAGUUAAGUUUUUGAACAAAUAAGAAAAGAUGAAUAUGUUUUUCCGAACUAUUUGAUAUAAUUUAGCUCAACAUCUAAUUUAUAAUGUAAUCAUUGAUUUUUUUAUAAAUAAGUAUAAUUUAUUUGUACAUAUGUUGUUAAAUAUAUAAAAAUAAAACCUUAUUAAGUCAA